AUGACAGCUUAUCUAUCAUGUACCAAUAAUAAAAGGUUGGGUAUUGAUCAAAGGAUGAUAUUAAGUGAUGUAGAGAUAGAUUAUAGAAAAAAACCAGAUUUAGAAUAUUCAUGUGUAAAAAUACUCUUGCUGGCGGUCAAGCGUGUAGACGACCUUGGACUGGUGGUUAGCGAAGUUGGGAUUAUACCACAGAACACUGAGGUGUCAAAGACCACUACAUACAUGUAG